AUGGCUAUUAAACUGUUUACCCUUCUGGCCAUCGGCCUCGUUUUGGUUAUCGUCAGCGAUGCCCGCCAUAUUGCUGGACAUCGUUUUAAGCAGCAGCAGCGUGGCUUGAUUGCCAAGCCACAUGUUGGUCCGCAGGCACGCGUCUUUCCCGGCGCUGUGGCCAUCAAGAAGCUGGUGCUGCUCAAGUUCAAGAAGAUUGUGCCCAUCUCAUUGAUUCUACUCAAGUCCAGCAACGAUAACGAAGCGGAGCUGGUGCCUGUCUACCCCACCGAUCAGAUUCCCGAGAAUGUCCAGUUCAUACCCACACCAAAUGGCAUCUCCGGCCAUAAGGAUGUCCAGGCGAUUGCCAUACCCAGCGAACUGCACGAUCAGCUGCAGAUCAACGGUCUCUCCAAUGUUGAGAACAUUGAGGCUUUGCUCCAGGGCAGCUCCAUCAUUGCCAGCGAUGCCCAGACCGAGGAUGGUGCCGCACCCAUUGCCAACACAAUUGCCGUUGCACAGCCCGAGGAUGCACCAUUGCAGCAGAACGAUAAUGACGAUACCCAGCUGCUAGAGGGCGCCACAGUUGCCGGAACGGAUGCAGCUGCUCCAGCUGUUGGUCCCAGCACUCGUCGUCUCUCCAGCAACGAGCUGGUGCGCUCUGGAGUGCGCACCUCGGCCCAGCUGCAGAAGACCAGCGUCGAGGAGAUUCCCCUACUGCUCUACUCGGCCACAGAUGGCGCUGCCCCAGGCCAAGAGGUCUUCAACGAGCGUCGCUUUGUAGCCGCAACCCCGGCGCGUCGUCGCCACCAGCAAUUCUAUAACUAA